UGGAAAAUGUGAGAUUUUAAAAGAUUAAUUAACAAGUAUUAAUAGAAAAUGAUAAAAAAAAACUUUAAAAAAUUUGAAUGUUUUGUAAAGUUUUAAGUGUUUUACAAAGAUUAACGAAAACAUAUGGCAGCAAAUCUAAAAAUAGCGACAACAAAUGAAUAAAUUUUCCUACAACCAUAAAUUAAUGCCGAACGACAAGAGUAAGGUUAAAAGAAAACGCCACAUUAAUAAUAGUAAAAAAAAGAAAAUAACAGCUAAAAAUAGCAAAAACACACACAACAGAAACGGAAGGAAAUGCAUGAAAAAUAUGGAAAGUCAUAACUUAUCGAUAACUAUGCAAAUAUAUUCCAAAGAACACAAUGGGACACAAAACGAAACGAAAACUUUGGAAGAUUGCGGCAAAGCAGACACAGAAACUAAAGAUUUGGUGUUGAAAACGAAAAUUAAUAACGAUAACUUAAAGUUAGCCUCUAUAGCUAACGAAGAACUAAAGGAAAUGCCUCAACAAAGUAUAAUUACGGAAGAUGAAUUUCAAAAGCUGGAAAUUGUUGAUGACAACAGCUGUGAUAACUCAGCAAAUGAUGAUGAAGCUUUAGGCUCCCCGGAAAUUGUGGAAAAUGGUAGUUUGGCCUGCUCCAAUAAUUGCGUGUGUUUUUGUAAUGAGGGUGGCGGUGCCCACCAUGUGUUGUCGAUUGUGGAAAACGGUUUCCUAAUUAAUGAGAAUGAAAAUGAUGACAAUGAUCAGGAUGAUGAUGAAGCAGCAGCUAAUUCUGAUAACGAUAUUGAAGAGAAUGACCUGCCAAAUUAUUCACGCAGCUGUGUGUAUGAAGAACGUAUAAUAGAUUUUGAAAAUUUUCGAAUAAUCGAACAGGUUAUCGACAACAAUUGUGAGGGCAAACAUACUGCCGCAAAUGAUGUCAAGUGCAGAAAUGUUAAGGAGUGCAAAACCAACAAAGAGGAACAACAACCACCAACAAUCGUUAACGAAGAUGAAACUAACUCCCAAUUGGAGUUACCCAGUGGCUCGAAAUCAGCACCGAUUUAUAUUAAUCCGGCAUUAAAUUUUUCCUGCUCCGAAUUGGUGGCCUUUAUAGGCGAAAGCUAUCAAGUUAUUGACAAUGCUCAAGCAUUGUAUAAAAGUGAUAAAACAACAGUUAAGCCCAACAAGGCAGCGCAAUUUAAAACAAAAGUUUCGUCGUCGGUCGGUAAUUCGCCGUUUAAACGCAGUAAACGUUCGGUUUAUGCCACAAAUAAUACAUCCUCUAAUCGCAGUGUAGAUGAUAAUAAUAAUACGCGCCGUUAUACCGGUAUAACGGCUGCGGAACGGUUAAUGCAAAGUUUAAAUUGUGAUGUGGCUCGGGAAUUGACGCGUGUGGAAAAACGGGAAGUGAAAAUAAAGAAUAAUAAACCAACGGUCAGUGUUAAAACUCCAACGCCUACGCCCACCAAGACUCUGCUAAAGGCUUUAAAGUCCAAGCUGACACCAUUGGCUCCACCAUUUCAGCCAGCGGCCAAUAAAAAUCAAGAGCUUAAGGUUUCAUUAGCCGCCCCUGCAACGGCAAACUCAACUACUUUGGUAAACUAUGAGCAAACCACAAUUUACUAUCACCAGCAGCAGCAGCAGCAGCAGCAGCAACAACAGCAACAAAUUUUAGCCAACAACAUGUUGCAUGCUUUAUGUUUAAACACAGCAAAUCAGCAGCAUUUAAUGCAACAGCAACAACAGGUGUCACCCUCACAACACCAACAGCAGCACCAAUUGUUCUUAGCCCAACAGCAUCACCAUCUACAGCUGCAACCACCUCCUCCACCACCACAACACCAGCAUAUUUUACAAACUCAUAAUCAUCCCUCUCAUCAUCAUCAUCAGCAUCAACAACAUUGUGCUCAAAAUAUUUUGGCAAUGACUGCCGCCUCUUUAGCAGGUCAGGGUAUGCCCCAUAUACACCUGCCAGCUGCAGCCACUGCUACGACAACAACCAAUAAUAAUAAUGGCAAUUUAUCAUCCACGGCAACAGCUGCAGCUGCUGUUAUGAAUGUGGCCACUACGAAUCCGGCCUCACAUCAUCACCAACAUCUUUUGCCGAUACAUUUAAUAGCUGCGGUGGGUGCUGGUGGAGCAGGAGUUGGUUCAUGGCCUUUAUUGGAGCCCGCCAGCUCAUCUAACAACAAUGCAGCCUCAGCAACAACAACAACUCCCAUUUAUAUGGAUAUAAAUGGUGAAAUACGUUCGAUAUGCCCAGCUCAUGGACCACCACCAACAGCUGUUACAAUUACAACUCCCCUGGCGCCAAUAACAAAUCAAGCAGCAACUUCAUCAUCACCAUCUAACCCAAACAUAAUGCAGCAACAAAAUACAGUUUGUUUAAAUCCUUCACAAUAUCCUUUAACUGUAACAGCUCAAUAUCAUGCUGCACCGCAACAUCAACAACAACAAAAUCAGGCACAACUUCAUCACCAUUUACACCAUCUAAGCCAGCAACAUCACCAGGCUUCAUUGGCAAAUUCACAAAAUUCUCCGCUACGCAUAAAAUCAACUACUGCAGCAACGGCUGUGGCCUCAAACAGCUCUUCAUCAGCAACACCAUCUCCUUCAACUGAUCUAAGCCAGCAACAUCACCAGGCUUCAUUGGCAAAUUCACAAAAUUCUCCGCUACGCAUAAAAUCAACUACUGCAGCAACGGCUGUGGCCUCAAACAGCUCUUCAUCAGCAACACCAUCUCCUUCAACUGCUGUUCCUCCUCCUCCUCCUCGUGUUGUAUUGCAACUGGAUGCCGGUGUUUCAUUGCCUCUACAAAUUGCUGGCAAACGCAAGAUAUUUCGGGAACGCGGAAUAUUGCUGACUAUUUAUUUGACCAAUAAUCGGUCGGUAACUUUGGCACAACGUGAAUUUCGUCGCAGAUUUCCUGGCCGUCCAACGCCUACUGGUGAAACACUGCGACGUUCAGCCGCUCGACUCGAAGAGACUGGCACAACACGAGAUGCUGCCAGGCGCUCUCAGUGGCCCUUGUCUCUGUAUGCCGUCGGUCGCAAAACCUAA